GUUCGUUCCCUCUCUGGAUCACUAACUUGCUGCUCGCCGACUUCAUCAUCCAACAUGACUCUGGAAGAAAUUCGCAGUCAGGACACCGUUCCGGAGAGCACGGCCCGGAUGCAGGGCGCCGGCAAAGCGCUGCAGGAGCUGCUGCUGUCCGCGCAGCGCCAGGGCUGCCUCACCGCCGGCGUGUACGAGUCCGCGAAAGUCCUGAACGUGGACCCGGACAACGUGACCUUCUGCGUGCUGGCCGCCGACGAGGACGACGAGGGCGACAUCGCGCUGCAGAUCCACUUCACGCUGAUCCAGGCCUUCUGCUGCGAGAACGACAUCGACAUCGUGCGCGUGGGCGACGUGCAGCGCCUGGCGGCGAUCGUGGGCGCGGGCGGCGACGGGGCCGAGGCGGGCGCCCCGGGGGACCUGCACUGCAUCCUCAUCUCGAAUCCCGGCGAGGACGCGUGGAAAGACCCUGCCCGGGAGAAGCUCGGCCUGUUCUGCGAAGAGAGCCGCAGCGGCAACGACUGGGUGCCCAGCAUCACCCUUCCUGAGUGACCGCCGGCCCGUGCGCGGUCCUUGGUCUGAUCGACUUGGCGACGCCCCCGGGGGCGCCGAGCGAGCGU